UGUGAUACGUCGCGAUUGGACGUCCAACGUUGUCAAUAUCGAUUUAGAGCGCCGUAGCCAGGAUUUUUCACUCCAGUUUCGUGCGACAUUACAGCGUUUUACACCGAGCUUUACCUUUCUGACACAAGACGUCUGUGAUUGGAUGAUCGACUGGUUUAAUGAGACAGAGUGACACGUGUUUGAUGGCCCAGAUAUGACUUAAGUCGAGUCACUGAGUCCAUAAACCUGUUGGAUUUACACUCAUUCACCUUCAAUACACCACUUGGGUAGGCACGGAGAACAUGGCGUCCGACAACCGCACACUGAGGACUUGCAACUCCACGGCGUCCAAUAAAAGCUCAAUGUUUUCCAUUGAGAAUAUACUCAACAUUCCAAAUGAAGAGCCACAGGAGGGCAGAAAAAUGGAUAUUCUUCCCGCCUCACACGGGUUAAACAGCACGUUUCCUCUUGUCGUUCCACCUCUACUACCUCAGCCRUUGAGGCCUCCAAUGUUGGAUUACAAUUUGAUGUUCCCGCAUUUACACGUCCAAAGCCCAACGUUUGAGGACAUUUUCAUUGCACACCCGUAUCCAACAUUGGCACUAAACAUGGGGUAUCCUCGGCAAGGGAUCCCUAUACCGGGUUUACAUCGUCGAAAGCGUUUUAUGAGAAAACCCAAACAGCGUCCUCUGUUCGCUCAUAGCCAAAUACAACGACUCGAGAAKGAGUUUGGCGAAGAGAAGUACUUGACGGAAGCCAAACGUGCAGAACUCUCAAAAGAGCUAGGAAUGACGGAAACCCAAGUUAAAACAUGGUACCAAAACCGAAGGACAAAAUGGCGAAAAGAGCUCAAAGAAGAAAUGAACUCCAAAGCGAAAACUGAGGAGAACGGUAAACAUUGGGAAGAACGGAGCGGCCAUGUCGGUGAACCUUCCAUGUUGACAGCGUUCGAAAGAGUACAACCACACUCAACAGCAUCUUUUCCUGCCAAGCUGCAAGACGCUCGAAUGUUUAUAGAUUUGGAGACCGUUAAACCGCGGUUUGUGUAUAGUUAAGUAAAUUAUGUACCAAGAAAGUGACUCAAAUGAUCUACUUCAUAAGGCUGAAGAAGCCAUGUUUGAACUCCAUUUGAGUUUCUCCUUGUAGAACAAAUUGUAUUCCAGUUUCAUAAACAUACAUAGACUUAUAUUAUAAACUAUAGAAAACAGUCUUUUAUUAAUAUCAAUUUCUUUUUUUCUUUAUCAAAAACAAACUGAUCAUGACUAAGAGUUAUUACUCAAUCAAAUUCCUUUACACAAUGAAAGGCUGUUCGGUGACUCACCAUCCCAUUUUGGGAUAGUAUUUUCUUAACCUGUUAACGAGCUUCAUAACGACGUUAGAUUUUUGUUUGAAAUUGAAAUCAUGUUUCGUCGACUCGACGUAUCAAUGCGGACUCCAGAGGUGAACCAACGUCUAUCACUAAAUGGAGGUCAUCAGGAAUUAAUUGUAAUGUUUCACACAUUAGGGCUGCCAUAUUUCUUUACGGUUUCACUUGUAACGGAAAAACCGACAUGUUUCGAACAAUUACAGGAUCGUGAAAUCUUCACCAACUAUUUUCCCAAUUUCUUAGUGGUUUUUGACUAAUUUGAAAGUCUUGUAAGUGCUUCCACGAGUUUCAAUUGGACACAUGUCUUGUCAAAUUAACAAGUAAAAUGCAUUUACAACCAUUUUGAAUUUGUCACAAUUUUUAUAUUACUAGGAAUGCUUCGUUACUACAGACUAUUUGAGUGAGUUUGAAGACCACACACAUGUUUCAUUGACCCUCAUUCCUUUCUGUAGAAUUUUUGUCAACAUUUGGAAAGUCUCUUUCAGAAUAGACAUCCCUGAUGAACAGUAUUUUGGUAGAUCAUUCAUGCACAUUUAGGUAAACUGAAUUUUUUUUUAAAUGUAACGACAAAAGGUCCAGAAACUUUUCGAAAACUUUGUACGUGACGAUUUUAUUGUACUUUUAACAAUAUACGAGCUGUUUGUAGCUCUCAUUUGAUAUAAAGUGUGUUUAUAUACUAAUUAGCCUUUUCUCCUGCAAUUUAUUUACACAAUUAACGUACAAAAAAAUCAAAAAUGAUGAUACUUAUGUAUCUUAAUGAAAGUUAUUGUUACAAAUUUGAAAAAAUUAUACAUAUAUAUAUAUAUUUUGUAUAUGAAUAUUCUCUUAUUGGUAUUUACUUUGUGUUUGUAUUGAAUAUAUUUAUCAGCCAUGCUUUUUAUAUUAUAACCAGUUA